GACAGUGUUUUUUUUCCUGAUUUCAGAUCCAUUCGCUUACUCAGAGAGUCUAUCAGCUGGUGAAAGCCCUCUUCCCAAUUCUUCCAGGCGAGGGAGAGAACAUUAUUUUGCAGAACGAGGAGAAUGAAGGACAAGAAAUUAUGGUCACUCCAGCCACCCUGCUGCAGCCGUGGCUCUUGCCGCAGUUCUACUCCCCGCUCUCCAGCCUCUACGUCCUUGACAACCAGCCCAAAGACGAUGAGUAUUGGCGCCGUCUACUGAGCUGGAACAAGCAGCCUGACGUUGGCCUCAUGACCUUCCUAGGCGUCGAUCCGAAAUUCUGGUUAGAGGAUAUCCCAGAACGAGGGAAGGCCAGUCCUGGCACAGAACCGCCGCGCCCCUCGAGCCUGACCCUGGCACCUUCACCAGCUAAGGAGGGUCACUUCAGCGAUGCCAUCGAGACACUCCAGCUGCUAUCCACAGCAUUCUCUCCGAGGGACAAACUUGCCGUCAUCCAGAAGACUUUCGAGUGCAUAAACGAGCGCGCUGUGGCACGUCUGGGACGGUUGUUUCAAUGGACAAUGGACGACCUUUUCCCUGUGAUGCAAUUUGUGGUCGUGCGUUCCCGCAUCCAGCACCUCGGGGCUGAGAUCCGCCUUGUUGAAGAUUUACUGGAUGAUGGCGGUGGUGGCGCCGGUAGCUGGAGCCUGCUCGGGGAACUCGGCCUUAUGUUCACCACGCUUAAGGCUUGUUAUUACCAAAUUCAGAACGAGAAGGUGACAUACCUAGUCUGAGGAAGGGAAGAAGAAAAAACGAAAUAGAAAGAAAAGAAAACCAGAGGGUAGAGAAAUGGAAGGCCGACAAUGGAACCGAAAGAGAAGAGAGAAUGCGAUAGCAGGAAUAGAGAAAAGAAGAAUCACGGAUGAUUAGGAAAAAACAAAGACUUGGAGAUAAAAAGAAAACGAUUUUGAGAAGAAAGCAAUUGAAUAUUAAUUACUGAUGAUUACAACUUUGCUAAUAGUAAUUUGAUAUAGAAGAAUUUGGAAAGAUUAAUUUGACUGUUUAUUUAAUUGGAGA